AUGCCCCGGAGCUCGCGCCACAGGUCGUCGCACCGGUCGCACAGGCGGGGCGGCUCGGCGGAGCGGUCGGAGUCUGAGGGCGAGGAUGCUGGCGCCCCUGGCCCGCGGGAGGAGGCCCCGCCCGUGGCUAGGGUUCCGCGAGAUCCCGAGCCAGAGAGGCGCAGAUCGUCAUCGGCCAAGGAGCUGGUGAGCUCGGGGAACGGCUACUCGGAGCACGGGAAGAAGAGGAAGGAUAGGGUUGAGGAGACGGUGGUGGAUGUGGUCAGCGACAGGUGGAACAGCGGCGUGUGUGAGGAUCACUUGGUCGAGAAGAGGUCUAAGAGUGAGGUGUUUGGGCCCGUCGAUGUGGAGAAGCUGGCGGAGAAGCCCAAGGCUUCAGGGGAUGAGCCCAAGAGGUCAAGCAGACGGACGGCGGGAUCGGAUGAGAGGGUUGAGGAGGUUGUGUCCAAGAGUGAUUCCGGGAAGCGGCGGUCGGAGAAGGAGAAGGAGAAGGACCCAGGGAGGAGGGAGAGUAGUGGGCAGCAUAAGGAUGACAGAGAUAGGGAUAGGGAGAGAGAUAGAGAAAAGGAGAGGGAAAGGGAGAAAGAAUGGGAGAGACUGAAGGAGAGAGAGAGGGAAAGGGGCCGGGACAGAGAGAGGGAGAAGGAGAAGGAAAGAGAACGGGAGAAGGAGAAGGAGAGAGAACGGGAGAGGGAGCGGGAUAAAGAGCGUGACAGGGAACGAGAGCGGGAGCGUGACAGGGAACGGGAGCGUGAGAGGCAAAAGGAUAGGGAGAGGGACAAGAAAGACUACGAUUCCAAGAAUGAGAAGUAUGAAGAUGGCAGUGCCAGGAAGAAUGGCUCGAAGACUAGUAGAGGGGAGGAUGAGGGUUACUCAUACAAGAGACACGUAGAGAUCAAUGAUACUCCAGCUAAAGAGAGACACAGUAACCCCGAUAGGGAUAGGGAUAGGGAGACUGAUAAACACAGCCGACGAAAAGACGACUCGGAAGACAAAGAUAAGUGGCCAAUUGACAAUAGAGACAGUGAUGACAGGAAGACUCUGUCCAGGUAUGAUCAUGGGAAGGUUAGGAGCUCUAAGGAACAAAGGUUUGAUGAUGAGAAGUAUAAACAGAAGUACAAGGAUGAUUAUGAAAGGGAUAAGAGACAGCAAGAUGACAAGUGUCUGGAUGAGCGCAUGAUCCGAGAUCAUGGAAGUGACAGGGUUGAUUACAAGAGCACAAAAGAUGGGCACCGAAUUUCAGAGGGCCAUUACAGAAAAGAUAUAGUUCAAGACGGUGAUCGUUAUGAUGAGUAUGGCAGUAGGUACAAGGAAAAUAGAGGUAGAAAAAGACUUCCUGAGGAAAAUGAUGACCAUUAUGAUCUGAAAACUCCAAGCGCACGGGAGCAACGUGGAAAUUUGGAAAAAUCUUCAGGCAGUGGGCGACUCGAUUCUCUGAUUGAGAGAGCAAGGUCUGAACAUAGACAUCAAGAAAAUGUUGAUUCUAGUCCGAGUAAAGUCCAUGCAAGAACUUCGCCUGGCUCAAAUCCUCAUCAUGAAAAAGAUCAAAGCUGGCAUGGAUCUAAACUGGCAGAUAAUACAAAGAGAGAGAUACAAUAUGAUGAAAGAAGUAUUCGACCAAGGACAUCCUCAGGGAGAGAACGGACACCUGCUUCUAGACUGCGUGACAGGGAUACUGACAAUUGGUCUUCGGAAAGGCUCAAACAGAAGGAUGAUCUCCAGUCACGUGACAUACCAUUGGAAAUUUCUACAUCGUCACAAUAUGAUCGAACACCAAGGAAAGAUAUGCAUCCUUCACCAAAACAGCUAUCUGAUAAAUCCCCAUCUUCAAACGACCAAAGGUUUUCAGGUAGGCUUAGCGGUGGCCGUAGUCUUGAUAACAAAGGGGAAAGGAGCAACCUGACUAAAUAUAGAGAUCGGGAUGGUGAUUUAUCCUUAGAACGGUCACUUCAUCAAGAUCGAACACCAUCUAAAAUUCCAUACAGAGAAUCAACACCCUCUGCAUCAUCCAUAAGCAGAGGUGGGCAUUUUUCAGGCACUUCUCCAAAUCGUCUACUGCUGCCACCUGCGAGGCACAGAGAUGAUUCUUCCUUCUUGGGUUCACAUGAUGAUGACCGUAGACCGCAAAGUGGAGAUAGGAGGUUCCAUGCCCAUCAGAAGAGGAAUGAUAUGAAUUCUGGACGCGGCCAUGGGCAUGCCUGGAAUAAUGCACCGAGCUGGCCAUCUCAAGUUGCAAAUGGUUUUGUCCCCAUGCAGCAUGGUGCUCCUGGAUUUCACCCACCUGUACAUCAGUUUCACCCCCCACCUAUGUUUAACCUUAGGCCCCAAAUGAAGUUGAGCCAAACUGGAGUUUCAUAUCCUAUGCAUGACACCGUUGACAGGUUUUCGCCCCACAUUCGCCCAUUUGGGUGGCCUAAUCCGCUCGAUGAAUCAUGCCCCCCUCACCUACAAGUUUGGAAUGGGGGCACUGGUGUAUUUGGUGGUGAACCUUAUAUGUAUGGCAGGCAAGAAUGGGAUCAGAACAAGCUGCAUGUCGGCAGCAGAGGGUGGGAGGCAACUGGUGAUGCAUUGAAGGGACAAAAUGAAUUGGCUGACACUGAAUUUCCUGUUGCUAAAAAGGAGCUUGACUCUUUAGCAACCCCUGUUUCAGAGUCUUCAGGUGGACAAUGCAAUCUUAAUCCUUUUGAGCAGAAAGAAGCAAACCAUUUGGUUUCAGAAAAACGUGAAGCAAAGGGUGAUGUCACAAGUGCUGUAAAAAGUUCUGAUGCUCCCAGGGGAACAACACUCAUGGCCUCCAUGUUGUCAAGCAACGGUACUGCAGUAUUUUCUAGAAACUAUUUAUCGAGAGUUAGUGUGUCGCAUGAUCUUGUUGAGUCGGAGUUGUACAAAAGGUGCACAUCUCUGCUGGGAGACUUGGGCAUAGCAAAUGGUGGCCCUGAUGUUGUUUGGAAUGGCUCUAUUCAGAAGAAUGGAAAUGCUGGAAAGAUAAGUAGAGAACAGGGAAGCCCCAAUCUGUUGGGUUUAUUUUAUGUGAAGAACAACGAUGCAACUUUUCAGAGAGCUAUGGCCCUUCACAAGAAUCAGACAGAGAGAGCUGUGGCUCCUACCCAAGCGCAAACUGAUGGGAAAAUGGACUCAACACAAGAGAAUAAGGAGGACACAGAAAUGCUUGACCGUACUCCACUGAAGGAAUUGACGGUGAGUAACCCUGUCUUGCACCACCGUACUGGCAUUUUUGAAGGGCCACCUGCAACUACAGAAUCUGGUGAUGUGGAUUCACCUCCAGCAAUCACAGACUCUGGUGAUGUGAAUGCUCCUCGAGCAAUCACAGAAUCUGGCGAUGUGGAUGCACCUCCAGUAAUCACUGAAUCUGGUGACACGGAGAUGGUGGCACCUCCUGGAACCGCAGGUCCUGAUGAAGAUAUGGAGGUGGCUGCCUCUCCAUCAAUCACAGAACCUGAUAAAAACAUGGAGGAUGUGUCACCACCUGCAGUUGCCGUACCCGUGGAUGGCCCAGCAGAUGAUGCAACAGGAUUAAUCAUAGAACAUAUUGAUGGCUCGCAGGAGGUUCCUUCAGCAAAUGAAGAGCCAGGUGAUACUGUAGAGGUUGUGCCUCCAGCGUUCACAGAACAAUCUGGCCAAGUCAAGGAUGAUCCUCCUUCUGUGGCUACUCCUAACAGUGGAGAGGCUGACUCCAUGCAUGCAGCAGUUGAAAAAGAUAUGGAUGAGGUUACUGAUGACAGCCCUGGGGAUGGUGAAGUGAAUGCAUCUAACUUUGUUUCGGAGUUGGAUGUUGUUGCAAGUGGCGCUCAGGAUUGUGAAGGUGUGUUGGUGGAGGGUAGGGUAAAUUUAAGUCGGAUACCUAAUUCUCCAGAAAGUACACAUUGA